AUGUCUUCAGGACAAUAUUAUACAGAUGUCUUUUUCGUUGAUUCAUGUGAAAGUGUUAAAAUUGAAGUCUUACAUUAUCCACCCACCAUAAUAAUAUCGGCAACUUGGGCUUGGGAUAAUUUUUGUAGGUGGUUCUCGAAUAAAGGACAUGAUUGUUACGCUAUGAGUUUUCGAGGACAUGGACAAAGUACGAAGACUCCAAAAAAAGAUAAAUGGUGGUCACUAAAUGAUAUUACAAAUGAUGUAUCAGCUGUGACCGAUGCAAUAAUUGCUAGAACCGGAGAUAAACCUAUUCUCGUGGGCCAUUCACUUGGAGGUGGAAUACUUCAAGAUUAUCUUAACGAUAAUCAACAAAAAGUAGCGGGUGGAGUUUUAUUUGCUACAUUUUCACCGUACAGCUAUAAAAUAAGCGCUUUUAAAUACGUUCGUAAAUCACUUUCAAAUACACCAAUUCUUCCAAUUCUUAAAGCGAUCUUUACAUUAAAACCAUAUGCAAUAAUUGGAACUCCUGAUUUAAUGAAGAAAGCUUCCCUUUCAAAGGCAUUUCCAGAUUCAAUGGCUUUAGAUAUUCAUCCAAAACUUGAUAGGGUUAUUUUCUUCACUGUAAUGUUCGAACUUCUUAAACCUUUUGUUGACCCCACGAAAAUUAAAUGUCCUAUAAUUGUGAUUGGUGCCGAAGAAGAUAAAUUAUUUGAUUUUAAAAUUAUAAAAGAAACUGCUGAAGCUUAUGGUGUUGGUUUUGAUAUCAUUGGAGGUGCUGCUCACAAUAUUAUGUUGGACCUUACAUGGGAGAAUGCAGCUAGUGUUAUUUUUGAUAGAAUCCAAGAAAAGGUCGUAAACAAAAUUUAA